GUCAUCUGCCACACGGAUUCACCCGAAUCUCUCUCUCUCUCUCUCUCUCAAUUUCUUCUAGUCGAAAACUUCGUUGUGAAUUGUUCUAUUGGGGGGUGGUUAUAAAAGAAAAUCUGAGAAUAAGGAUUUUUCUAUUUAAUCUUCAAUUUGCUUGAUCUGUAAGGAGCUCUGAAUCGCAAUGGUGAAGGAAACCACCUACUACGACACAUUAGGUGUCAACGUUGAUGCAUCUGCUGCAGAUAUCAAGAAGGCCUAUUAUAUCAAGGCAAGAGUUGUUCACCCUGAUAAAAAUCCUGGAGAUCCUACGGCUGCAGAAAAGUUUCAGGUACUUGGUGAAGCUUACCAGGUUUUAAGUGACCCUAACAAGCGUGAAGCAUAUGAUAAAUAUGGAAAGGAAGGAGUACAAGACGAUUCAAUGAUAGACCCUACAGCUGUAUUUGGAAUGGUUUUCGGAAAUGACCUAUUUGAAGAUUACAUUGGAGUACUAAGCUUCAUUUCUAUGGCAACUAUAGAAAUUGAAGACAACAUACAGGAUCCUGAAGCUCAGAAGCAGAGGUUUCUUGAGAAGUUGAAAGAACGGCAGAAGGAAAGGGAGCUAAAGCUCAUUUCAAGUCUCAAAAAUCACCUGCAACCAUUUGUUGAGGGUCGAGUAGAUGAAUUCAUUAGUUGGGCAAAUAAAGAAGCUAUCCGACUUUCAACAGCUGCUUUUGGAGAGGCCAUGCUGCAUACAAUUGGUUAUAUCUACACACGAAAAGCUGCAAAGGAACUUGGAAAGGAUAGACGAUAUAUGAAUGUUCCCUUCUUGGCAGAGUGGGUGCGAGACAAAGGACACAGAAUAAAGUCCCAAGUGAUGGCAGCCUCUGGAGCUGUGGCACUAAUUCAAAUAGAAGAAGAGCUGAAGAAGCUAAACCAAUCUGAAAAUAGGGAAGAAAGCAUGAUAAAAGUGUUGGAAGAAAAGAAGGAGGCCAUGAUAAAUUCUGUAUGGCAGAUCAACGUGAUCGAUAUUGAAACAACUCUGUCACGCGUUUGCCAAGUUGUUCUUAGAGAUCCAAGUGUCUCAAAAGAUGUUCUGAAAUCUCGGGCAAAAGCAUUAAAGAAGUUAGGAACCAUCUUUCAAGGUGCUAAAUCUGCUUACACUAGGGAAAACAGCCUGCGACGUGAAUGUCAGAAACCAUUAUCAACAUCAUCUUCUCCAUCACGAUAAUUUUGUUAAAUUUAUUUGAUGUGGUUCUGAAUGAAUUAACUGAUGCCUACGCUAUCUCUGAGUUUGGAUUGGAUUUCAAUAUUGUAUAUUUCAGUGCACAAUAGGGGGGCAAAAAAGGUACAACAAAGAAGCAAAAAGAACUGUUGUUCCAAUGCUAUUUAACUGCUAUCAUUGCUGUGUAGUUUGAGUUAUUACAGGUUAGCCUAGCCUGCCAUUUUUAUUUUGCAAACAUAUCGAUGUACAUUUCCAACUUCUUGUUUGUAAAGCUAGUGUUCGUUACGUAUUUAUAUAUUCAAUAUUCAUUCAAAACUCC